CAAACUUGGAAUCCAUUAACUCCUCUCGCUCUCGCUCGGCUGCCCGGCCGAGCAAUCUCCGGCCACCAGUUUCGGCCGCCCCAGCUCCGUCGCCAUUGCCGCGCCGCUCGUCCAGGUGCCGAGGAGAUCAAGGAUCAUGCUUCUGAGCUGGUGUGUUGUGUGUGACUAGCUCAAUAGGAAGCCAUGAAGUUCAGCGCACUUCUCACCUCUGCAGGCAUCAAUGUUGGACUUUGUGUGCUCUUUCUCUCGCUCUAUUCUGUUCUCAGAAAGCAGCCAGCCAACAUCAGGGUCUACUUCGGACGGAGGGUUGCUGAGGACCAUAAUCCGCUCCGAGAGGGUUUUAUUUUGGAGAGGUUUGUUCCAUCCGCUGGCUGGAUCGUGAAAGCCCUGCGGUGUACCGAGGAAGACCUCUUGGCAGCUGCGGGGUUGGAUGCUGUUGCUUUCAAUCGAAUGCUAGUAUUCAGCAUACGCAUCUUUUCCCUAGCUGCCCUUCUGUGUGUGUUUGGAAUCCUUCCACUGAAUUAUUUUGGAAAGAAUAUACAUCAUCUUAAGAUUCCUUCAGAAGAAUUGGAUAUCUUCACAAUUGGGAAUGUGGAAGUGCGAUCAAGAUGGCUUUGGGUUCAUUGUUUAGUCCUCUACAUAAUAUCUGGAGUAGCUUGCAUUCUCCUAUAUCUUGAGUACAGGCACAUUGCUAGGCUGAGGCUCCUUCACCUUAAACGUGCAACACCCAAUCCAGGACAAUUUACUGUGCUUGUUCGUGGAAUACCAAAGAAAACAAAAGAAUCCUGCAGUAGUGAUGUUGAUGAUUUUUUCACGAAGUAUCAUGCAUCAAGUUACCUAUUCCAUCAAGUUGUUUACAAAGAUGGUAAAGUUCAGAAGAUAAUGACUGGUGCAAAGAAAGCAUGUAGAAAGUUGAAACAUUUCACGGACACCACAGUAGAUCAGAGCUGCAAAGCAAUUACAUACCGGUGUUGUCUUUGUGGAGCCUCUUCUAAUUCGUUCCAGUUGUUGCCUACUGACGAAGUUGCACAGAGCAGUGGGAAAGUUGACCUGAAUGAUUCUAGCUUGAUCACAGAUAAUGAGGAAUGUGCAGCUGCUUUUGUAUUUUUCAAAACUCGGUAUGGAGCACUUGUUGCAUCAGAAGUACUUCAGACAUCAAACCCUACGAAGUGGGUUACCGAUCGAGCUCCAGAACCAAAUGAUGUGUAUUGGUCAAACAUUUGGCUUCCCUAUAAGCAGCUUUGGAUUCGACGGAUAGCUACGCUUCUAGGUUCUAUCGUUUUUCUGCUCUUAUUUCUGUUACCGGUGACAUUUAUACGAGGUCUAUCUGAGCUAGAGCAGUUGCAGCAGAAGCUUCCUUUCCUUAAUGGGUUAUUGACGAAGCCAUACAUGGUCCAGCUAGUAACUGGAUACCUUCCCAGUGUCAUCCUGCAAAUAUUUCUGUACACCGUUCCGCCAAUAAUGAUGUUAUUUUCUACAUUGGAGGGGCCUACAUCUCACAGUGAAAGGAAGAGGAGUGCUUGUUGUAAAGUGCUGUACUUCUUGAUUUGGAAUAUAUUCUUUGUUAAUAUAGUAUCUGGUACUGUCAUAAAACGAUUGAAUUUUUUGUCAAGACCGAAAGACAUCCCUGUUGAGCUCGCUAGAGUUGUACCUGGGCAGGCUACCUUCCUCAUCACCUAUGUUCUGACUUCAGGGUGGGCCAGUUUGUCAUCUGAACUUAUGCAACUCUUUGGUCUGAUAUGGAACUUUAUAAGGAAAUAUAUUCUGAGAAUGAAAGAAGAUACAGAGUUUGUGCCCUCAUUUCCUUAUCACACAGAAGUACCGAAGGUUUUGUUGUUUGGACUAUUGGGCUUCACAUGCUCUGUACUGGCACCUUUGAUCUUACCUUUUCUGCUUGUAUACUUCUUCCUUGGUUAUGUUGUAUACCGCAAUCAGCUGCUGAAUGUAUACCGCACAAGAUAUGACACAGGUGGUCUGUACUGGCCAAUUGCGCACAACACAGUGAUCUUCUCUCUCGUCCUCACCCAGAUCAUCUGCCUCGGCGUAUUUGGCCUCAAAGAAUCACCAGUAGCUGCAGGCUUCACCAUACCUCUUAUCAUCCUUACCCUUUUGUUCAAUCAGUACUGCAGAAAACGACUUCUUCCGCUAUUCAAAACUUUUCCCGCACAGGAUCUAAUCGACAUGGACAGGGAAGAUGAGCAGUCGGGAAGGAUGGAACACAUCCACCACCGACUCCAUACCUCGUACUGCCAGUUCCCAGACACUGAAGAUAUACAACUGGAGAAAAUUCAUAUUGCUGGAAAUGGUGAGGAUGAAAAUUGUAGCUCAGGCGAGUCCAACAGCAAAGAAACCUGCGAGGAGCAGCAGCCCAGAAGGGACCUGUCUCACCCAACGCUGAAGGGACUCCCUGUAAGCCGUCUGCAGAAUGCCGUGAGGUCCAUCACAUUCCUCAUUAGGUUGCAGAAGAGGGGUCUAUCGUGAUGGAGAAAUCGAUAACUAACUGACUAACUAAAUGCUAACCCCUCCACGUGUUGGCUCGUGUAAAUGUACAGCGACAUAUGCCAUACAAGUAUAUAGGGAAAUUGGGUUUUAGAUAGGAACAUAUAGGUAAGUGAAGCAUCAUUAUACAUGCGAGACUAUGGAUCAACUCCAAUGAGAGGGGAAAAUCCAUGCAAAACAAUUGACUUUACAAGCUCACUCCUUGCAGCUUGUUGCUUCCAUUUUCAAUUGGGGGUUUUUAUUUCAUCAGAAGUUUUAAUUUGCUGAA